AGUGCUAAAUGCCACUUAAUAUUCAGAUCGUUUAGUGCUGGAUGCCACUUAAUAUUCAGAUCGUUUAGUGCUGGAUGCCACUUAAUAUUCAGAUCGUUUAGUACUAGAUGCCACUUAAUAUUCAGAUCGUUCAGUGCUGGAUGCCAUUUAAUAUUCAGAUCGUUCCAUGCAGGAUGCCACUUAAUAACCAGAUCGUUCAGUGCUGCAUGCCACUGA